GCCUGCACCUGUUCAGCUGUUCUGAACGUCUAUACUCAAAAAUCCAUUGCCAAAAACCUCGCGAAACCCCCUUGCCUAGCGAGUGGCAACCUACGCCUCCAUGGCGCCGCCCACCUCCCCCGCCGCCGUCGCCGCGGCCGCCCGCGCGGCACCAACGCCGGCCGCGGCGCUCGCGCUCUUCAAGUCGGCGCUGUCCGCAGACCCGGCGCUCUCCCCGCUCGCCGUGCUCCCGCACCUCGCCGCCACCCCGUCGUUGCCCCAUCUUCUCCUCACCGCCUCCGUCGCCGGGCGCCCGCACACCACCUCGCUCAGCCUCUACUCGCGCCUCAAGUCCCUCUCCCUCCCCAUCCCCACCGCCUCCCUCCACCCGCUCCUCUCUUCCCUGCCCCCCGCCCCCGCCUUCGUCCUGUUCGCUGACAUCUUCCGCCUCCGCCUCCCGCUCUCCACCACCACCUUCAACAUCAUGUUGCGCCAUCUCUGCACCGCGGGAAAGCCUGUUCGCGCGCUCGAGCUUCUCCGACAGAUGCCCAGCCCCAACGCCGUCACCUACAACACCGUCAUCGCCGGGUUCUGCGCCCGCGGUCGCGUCCAGGCGGGAAUAGAGAUCAUGCGGGAGAUGCGGGAGCGCGGCGGUAUCGCCCCUGACAAGUACACAUACGCGACGGUGAUCUCUGGUUGGUGCAAGGUCGGCAAGGUUGAGGACGCAACCAAGGUGUUCGAUGAAAUGCUGACUGAGGGGAAAGUGGAGCCAAAUGCGGUGAUGUACAACGCGUUGAUAGGUGGAUACUGUGACCAGGGAAAUCUGGAGGUUGCGCUGCGGUACCGUGGUGAAAUGGUAGAUAGGGGAGUUUCCAUGACAGUCGCGACAUACAACUUGUUCGUGCACACUUUGUUCAUGGAAGGGCGUGCUGCCGAGGCACAUGCAUUGGUUGAGGAGAUGGGCGAAAAGGGGCUUGCACCGGAUGCAUUCACCUACAAUAUAUUGAUCAACGGGUACUGCAAAGAGGGCAAGGAGAAGAAAGCCAUGAAGAUGUUUGAAGUUAUGGUUGGGAAAGGGAUUCGUGCGACAGUGGUGACCUAUACAUCACUGAUACAUGCCUUGUCCAUGAAGGGGAUGGUUCAGGAGACAGAUAGGCUGUUUAAUGAUGCUGUGAGGAGAGGCAUCAGGCCUGACCUUUUCAUGUACAAUGCCCUGAUUAAUAGCCACUGCACAGGUGGAGAUAUGGAUCGGGCAUUUGAGAUCAUGGGAGAAAUGGAGAAGAAGAGGAUCACACCAGAUGAUGUGACAUACAAUACUCUGAUGCGGGGGUUGUGCUUGCUAGGGCGUCUUGAUGAAGCACGUGGGCUCAUUGAAGAGAUGACCAAGAGAGGUAUCCAGCCAGACCUUGUGAGUUACAACACGUUGAUCAGCGGUUACAGCAUGAAGGGUGACAUCAAGGAUGCUGUGAAGGUUCGGGAUGAGAUGAUGGGUAAGGGGUUCAACCCAACACUUCUGACGUACAAUGCUAUGAUAAAAGGGCUCUGCUUGAAUGGCCAGGGAGGUGACGCUGAGGACCUGGUGAAAGAAAUGGUGGGCAAUGGCAUCACCCCUGAUGACAGCACAUAUAUUUCACUGAUCGAGGGACUUACCACUGAGGACGAGCGACUGGCUGCAGGAGAUGAUGUAAAAGCAUGAGCUUCUUAGGAAGCAGAAGCAUGAGCUAUCAGGAAGCACAGCAUGAGUUUUUGUAGGAAGUAUAUAUGCAGGCUGUGUGCAGAUCAAACCAACUCGAAGAUGCGCAUACCAGAUACUUCUGCAACCUGUACUGGCGUGCAGUAACAUUCCAGUUUCUACAUUGGCCUACCAUGUUCUGAAGUCUUAUAUGAGUGCGAAAUGAUCAUUUUGAAGAUGACUGGCGCUGGACUGUUGGCAAUGUGGGCCAGCUAACUCUGGCAUUUUACCUCAUCAGUUAAUACUUGGUCGAGUUAUAACCUUGCCAACAGUUCAUUGCUUUCUCAAGUAAAGCACUGGCCACUGGGUGAUGCAACCUACGAAGACAUGUGUUUUUUUUUCAAGAUGGAAAGCGGCGUGAUUGAUCUUUUUUGAAGACAACGAAGUACUUACAGUAAGUGGACACUGAAUCUUGCAACCUGCUUAGAUCAGGAGUCACCUUAUUUAUUUCGAGGAUAUGAGACAUUGCCUUAUCGUGCUUGAUAGAACUACAGAUAUAUUUUCUGUAAGGAUAAGUGAAUUCACUAAAACAGUAAAAAUGUCAUGCUUUUGAAAUGCAAUUCAGAUCUACACGUUAAUGAUACCA